CGUAAAGACGUUACAUUAGGACGUGUUUUUUGACAACAAACAAACCAGCAGCUGUAUUUUCAAUGUAUUCUAUGAAGUGAUAUGUGCAUAAAUGUCCACGUACUGUAGUAUCUAAAUUCGUGAUAGUUUCUUUUAUAUUCGGGAAAAAGUUUUUUCGCUUCUUUUGGCUGCUAGCUGUAAUAAAAAAGGGGCACUUAGCAUUGCAGCUAGUUCGUGAGCUAUCAUCAUUUGAUUGAAUACAGAGAAUAAAUAAAUUUUAAGUAAUUUCUGCAGUAUUACUCAUGCCUCUAAUCAAUCUCCCGUCGUGUCCUUUAUUUGUAAGGUAGUUUCUCAUGCAUGGCUUCGUGGCGUUUGCUAAAACUAGUUUGUCAGCUGAAAAAGCCACAGUUAAUUUCAACUAAACCAAACAACACCGUGUAUCUGGCGUCUGUUCAAGCUUUUUUAAUAAGUGCAUUGACAGACUUCGAACCAUCAAAGAGAACAAAAGUUGAGACAACAAAACAAACAGCACAUACGACUUUUUACAAAGGUGUGUGUUCUUGUCACCACAGCAACGGAAAUGAGACAAUAAAUAAAGAAAGCAAGGAAAACAAAAUAAAAACAAAAAUGGACAUGCGACCUAAAACUGGAGCAGGCGGUUUACGGGGCGUAAAGAGAAAAGGCGCCUUUCAAAACACCGGCCCGAGACCGACUCAGAAGUUUAGAAAUACCCUUGAACAAUGGUUGGUAAAGCCCUCAACACGUUUAAGUGCAGAAGUGUGUCCAGGUCAAGAGGAUGUGGAAAGGACAGAAAAUGAGCUGAACCCAUCAGCUGAAUCUGCAAACUAUGAAAAUGCUGAGAAGUCCUCAGUUUCUUCGAUGGAUGAAGAUACCCAAAUACUAACACCACAAGAGUUUGAUGAGGCCUGUCCUUUACUGCCUGCUGCCAAGGACUCUGAGAUAGAAGAACAACCAGUGGAGGCAUGCGCUUCACACUCUGACGGCUAUACCAGACAGAGAACAAAAAUAACAGACUUUUUUGCAGGGAGCACAUCACAGAGUUUUGCUGUGAUAAAUGGUGGACAAAAUAAGUUUUCAGAGAGGAAAGAUCCAGACAAAGAACAGACAGCUCCUGGAGUUACAUGGUUGGGAACGCCAAUCGGCAAGCUCAGGAGGAUGCCGGAAUGUGGUGGGAAGCUUCCUCCGCUGAAAGAUGUUCCUGACCAGCACGUCGUGAUGAUAAGGACAGACCUUCUUGAAAACUGUAAAGUUCCUAUUCCAUAUCCAGCUACAUUUUUGGAUACAUGGGAUGAUGUCCAUGUGAAGAUGCCCUGCUCAAACGGGAAUUUAUUUCCAGUUGAUGAUGAGAAAAAGAGUCGGUGGGAUCUGAUCAAGGAAACUUUAGACAAGAAAUUCACAAACGCUUUUGAGUUGAAGGAAGCAGUGCUGAAAUAUAGUGCCUCACAUGCCAAAAAAUGGGACUUCACAGCACUGGACUUAUACUGUAACAAGGUCCUGGAGCGUGAUGCUGUGGAACAUCUGUUUGACUCUCUGCUGCCAGACAUGGUGCAAUUAGCACUGAGAGCAUCUGAGCUCUGCACCAAGCCUAUCCCCCUCCUGAAAAGAGGCAUGAGCCACUCCAUCACCAUGUCUCAGGAACAGGUGGCAUGUCUGCUCGCAAACGCCUUCUUUUGUACCUUCCCCAGAAGAAACUCCAGAAAGACUGAGUACUGCAACUACCCAGAUAUCAACUUUAUCAGGCUGUUUGAAGGCUCAUCCUCCAGAAAGAUUGAGAAGCUGAAAACCUUGAUGUGUUAUUUUAAAAGUGUCACUGAACAGAAACCUACAGGACUUGUGACAUUCAGCCGUCAAAGACUGGAUAAACCUCCCAACUGGAAAAGCUCGCCGACUUUGCUCACAAGGCUCCACAUUACAUGUGAAGGGACCAUUGAGGAUGAUGGUUAUGGGAUGCUUCAGGUGGAUUUUGCCAACAAGUUUGUAGGAGGAGGAGUUAUUGGUGCUGGUCUUGUUCAAGAAGAAAUUCGGUUCCUCAUAAACCCUGAGCUCAUCGUGUCGCGUCUCUUCACAGAGGCACUCGAUGAUAACGAGUGCCUCAUUAUCACAGGAUCACAACAGUAUAGCAAAUACACGGGUUAUUCUCAGACGUAUAAGUGGGCUGGCUGUCACCACGAUACAAUUCCAAGAGACGACUGGAGGAGACGGUGCACAGAGAUUGUUGCCAUCGAUGCGCUACAGUUCAGGAACUUUCUCGAACAGUUUCACCCCGACAAACUUAACAGGGAACUUAACAAGGCUUACUGUGGCUUUUCUCACUCUGAGAAGGAAAGUCAAAACCUCGCCGCAGUGGCAACAGGAAACUGGGGCUGUGGUGUUUUCGGAGGCGACACACGACUCAAAGCUCUGAUCCAGAUGCUGGCAGCUGCUGAGGCGGGCCGAGACGUCGCCUAUUUCACCUUUGGUGACAACCAGCUCAUGACAGAUGUCCACAACAUGCACUCCUUCCUCACCCAGAGGAAUAUCAGUGUUGGGGAGGUGUAUGACCUCCUGGGGCAGUACUACAGCUCGGUUUGUAAGAACUGCCUCCGCCGGCGCCCUGACAUCAGCCUCUACUCCUUCAUCUACGGACAGGUCGGCUCCUCAGAGGCGCCGGAUGAGUCCAUCAGAGGUUCGGCCGGCCCACACUCACCCACACAGCGUCAUUAAGCUCAUGAUGCUGAUGAGUCACUUUGCCUUUAAAUUGGGAAAAUACAGAGUGCCAAGAUUUUUGUCACCUUGCCGUAAUCAACACAGGAAUAAAUAAAUGGCUCAGAAAUGAAUUGUUAUGAUAGAAAUACAGAACUUAAAUUGUGAAGAAAAUUUUCUUAGAAAGAGGUUUUAUUUUUAUUUUUAUUUGCCUGUUAUUUUUCAGAUUUGGUUUUUUUUGUUUGUUUUUUACUCCUGAUGCUUUUUUCCACCAUCGUCUCCCUUACCCAUGGAAAUAGCCCAGGUAUUUUAGUAAAUAGGAUACAAUACAUUUUAUAUACAAGCAAAAAAUGAUUCGGAAAAAGUAAAUAUGAUUUAAAAAAUAAAAGGCAAAUUAAAAUAGAUUAACACUGGUAUAAUUGCAUUCCAUAUUUUAUACAUCUAAAUUUCUUUUUGUUAGUUUUGUACUUUUAGUUGGCAUAAAAUCUUGAUUAUGGCAGUUUGUUUGGUCUUUUAUAAUUAGCCCUGGAUAAACCAAAUUACGUUCUCACUGUUGACAUGAAGAAACGAGGAACAUGAAGAUGAAAACCAAACUGGUCAGUUGUGGCCCUGCCUGCUGCUCUGGUCACUUUGUUGCAAUGGGUACGCUGGGUUCCACUGUGAUGCAAGUUGGAUGUUUAAUGCUGAGGCAAAGGUUGCCAUCCAUCUUUUCUCUCUGUCGUGUAGCUGGUCUUUAUACCCACACUUAUUCAGUUUAAUUAGGUUUUCUGUCAGAAAUGAAGUUAAAGGAGGACAAGAAUUGUUGUUGGAGACUCGGAUCACCAGUAGGAAAGCAGUUUAGAUUAAAAGAGCAGUCUUCCUCUGGGUGUAAUUUAUUUCAUUAUCACAAUGAGUUCAGACUACAGUUUAGUGAACAUGUUUUGAUUUUUGCUGAAUGCGAUUACGCUCAAUUUGAUGUGAUUUUCUAUUUUUCCACUGAUCUUAGUGCUAUUCAUUCAUUGUUUUAACACAAGAAUUAAUUUAUAUUU